AUGUAUAUAAUCUUCAAAGCUCGCCCCUGCAUCCGACCCUUUACACCUAAGCCACACACCGUAAACUGCAUAAACACACAACACCGCCAGAUCUUCAAACACACACAUACCAUGGCAUUUGUAACUCGCGUUGUCCCAGCCCGGCCUCUCAUGACCGGCGCUUCCUUCCAAGCAUCUCGAUCAUUCUCUACGACACUGGCCACCCAGAAAGGCACCGUCGAAGCCACCAAGGAUGUCCUCAAGAAGGCUGAUCGAACUGUGUCCAAGGUUGCCGUCAAGGGUAUCGAGACUGGAGAAACCUUAACACACAAAGCACAACAGACCAUGGGGGUGAAGAGCAAGGAAGCACAAGGAAACGCCAACGAAGUGGCGGGCAAAGCCAAGGACAAGGCCCAUGAGCUAGGAGGUCUAGGAGGUAAGGCCAAGGGUUCAGCUGAGGAGCUCUGA